CCUCGCACUCGCACACCUCGCAGCGGCUCUGACCGCACUCGGCGCAUCGCAUACCAUCCUCUCCGACCCACGCAAGACGAACUGGAAGGCGGUCGACCGGAUAGCCCAACUCUCCGUCUACCGCAACUUGGUCUUUCAGCGAAAGGCGCAGGAGGCGGAUGCGGCUUGUGCGAUGGAUUGGAGGCCGAAUGGAGGGCUCGCGAGGAAGUGGAACGGGAGUGUCAAGUUUUACGACAACUGGGUCUCCCGCUCCCUGUCGGGAGAGACGUUCCGUGCUCGCGCGGAUAUCUUGAGCGAGUGGAGGAACGGAGUGGAGGAGAUAUUUGAUCAGCCGGGCGAGGAGCGGUGGAAGGAGAGGUGGAACCGGGGUUUGCCGGUGCCAGUCUACUCGUGCUGGAACGGCAUGCUCGCACUCGACGCCACACCCUUCACCUCGACCGCCAUCUCGCCGCGCUACGAUCCCUCCUCGCCCCUCUCCCUCUCCUCCCGCAAAUCAUGGCGUCGACCCCCUCCGCUCACAGUCAGCACCCCAGCGCGAUUCCGCUCCGCACUGAAGAGCCCGGGAGAAUGCGCGGCGAGCGAGUGUAAGACGCUUGCGAAGGAUUUCUGGACCAGAGGGUUCGAUCGGUGGUUGAUCGUACCGUCUGUUCGGACGACCUACGACCACGAUACCUACUUCCACCCUCAACUCCGUCGCCUCUCCUCCCUUUCCCCUCCCUCCACUUCCCAACUCACCGUCCCCUCGCCUCUCUCUCCUCCCUCCCCUCUACCCUCCGACGACGCCCUCGACCCAUCCGAACGGAUCCCCUGGUGGGACCUCUCACCACCCGACUCGGUCGUCUGUUACGGCUGGGUCCGAGGCUUCCACGUCGAUUUGGAGUGGCUGAGGGGGACGUGGGAGAGACCUUAUUCGUUCAUCAGGACCAUCAUACAGCGGUGA